CAGCACUUGGGAUCACGCCUUGUUACAACUGUAGCCACGACAAUGGGGAAGCGUAAGAGACCGUCCGAGACUGAGCUCGAGCAGAAGCUCUCCGAGUAUCAGCAAGAGCUAUUUCGGGCCAUUAAGGCCGCCAAGGGACUCGAGCGACAGCGAUUGGGCAAGCGUCUGCAGCGCGACAAGAAAAACCCUGAGAAGAUCCAACGACUUCAACGCGAGGUUGUAGUCCUUAAGUCCCUCGACCUCCGACAGACGGCCCAAGCACAUCUUGCGGCUUCUUUGGCGAAGAUCAGCGCCGUUGCCGACCACCCCGCUAUCCCCGACUCCAUAAAGCAGGGCCCUCCCAAAUUGGAUCUGUCCGGAGAAGAUAAAAUCUCUAUGCACAAUGUGACGAGCGCACUAUAUAAUUUCACCGAGGUCCGAGAGGUCAUUGAAAGAGCCGUCAACGGGGUGUGUCUCGAGUUGGAGCUGCCGAUACCCGAAAACAAGAAGCGGAAAAGGCAGAAAAGUUCGGAUGCCCAGAAAGACGCAGAAGAGAGCUUGCCAGAAGGACAGGCAGAUCGAGCAGGUAGUGCUCCUCCAUCCAAGCGCGACAAUCCCGACGCGUCCGACUCGAAGAAGAGGAAAGUGGUGGAUGCCCACGACGAGGACGACGACGAUCAUUCGAGCUUCUUGGGAUUCAGCGACGUCGAUGCAGAUAAACACGGCGAUGUUGAAGGUGAAAGUGACGAGGUGGAAGAGAAUCACGAGAAUGACGACGAACGGGAGGAGGCACUCUUAUCGAAGUACGACGAGCUUCUUGGAGACUCUGAAGAGGAAAGGGAAGAAGAGAACGCAGAGGCACUGAGAGCAAAAUACGCUGCGCUUCUCAAUGCCCCUCCGGAUGAUGAGCUGAACGAUGCGGAAGACGAAAGUGACGAACAAGACGACCUCGGCGACAUCGAGAGUGACAUCGAGAGUGACUUGGGUGAUUCUGACGGAGAUGGGCAGGCCUCCAGCACGGGUUCUGCCUCCUCCAUCUCUCCACCUUCGCCCUCUCCGCCGCCCCAACAACCUGCGGCCAAGAAGAAGAAAGAAGCGAAACGAUCAACUUCAGCACCCACAACGACGACCUUCCUUCCCUCGCUUAUGGGCGGAUACUUCUCCGGCUCCGAAUCCGCCUCCGACGUAGACGUGGCGCCCCGGAAGAAGCGUCUGGGCCAGCGCCAACGACAGGCCAUUGCACAGCGCAAGUUUGGCGAGGAGGCAAAGCACGUCCAGAAGAUGGCAGAAAGGGAGAAGCGAAAGGCCGGUAGGGAUCAUGGAUGGGAUAUGAAGAGGGGUGCGGUAGAUGGCGCAGAUACUGGACGGAAGCCCUGGAAGAAGGGUAUCUCCAAUCCUUUAUCAGCCGUCGGACAGAGGGAAAAGCACAGGCACGCUGGCGAGCAGCACGGGAGAGGCCCUGGAAAUGCCGACAGGACGGCAGGCGGGAGGCCGUUCGAGUCGAAGUCGAAGGAGAAGGAGGGACCGCUGCAUCCCAGUUGGCAAGCGAAGAAGAAAAAGGAAGAAGAACAGCGAUCUGCUAAGUUCCAGGGCAGCAAGAUCAAAUUUUAAGCGGCAAAGUGUCAACACUACAGGUAGUAGAUACACAUGCAAUACGGCACAAUCUUACAUGGUC